AUGCUUCGCAACAUUCCCAACAAGUACACCCGGGAAAUGCUGGUGAAGCAGCUGAACCAGGAUUUCAAGGGCCGCUUCGACUUUGUCUACUUGCCCAUCGAUUUCAAAAACAAAUGCAAUGUUGGAUAUGGCUUCGUGAACUUCCGCACUUCAGCCUCAUGUGACGAGUUCAUCGCCAAGUAUGACGGAGUGGAUGUGCGCAAGUGUCUUCCUGGGCUCAACUCCAAAAAGAUUGCUGGCGUCACGCCAGCUCGGGUGCAAGGCUUGGAGGAGAAUGUGCGCCGAUUGCGGACAGGUCCUGUCAUGAACGAACUCGUGAAUCAUCCUGAUUGGAUGCCUCUACUGUUGGACGACAAGGGAGAGGCACAUGCAACACCGGUGAAACUGAACGGUUGCAAAAAGGAUUGGUUGAAAAGAAAGGAAGGGAACACAGCACAACACAGAGGUCUUCAGGUAAGGAAGAAAAAGAGAAGAAAGAAAAGCAUAACAAGAAAAGGAACAACAAGGAAGAAAGAAAAGGGGAAGAGGUCCACAACUAUUUGA